AUGAAAAGGGUUGUUAAGAAUAAGGACAAUGCACAGAUGCGAGAAGAUGAGUCAUCAUGUUAUAUUCCUCAAGAUCUGAUCGAAGAGAUUCUCGCGAACUUGCCGUCGAAAUCCGUAGCCAAGCUCAUCGUCGUCUCGAAACUGUGGUCUUCUAUAAUCCGCAGCAAUUAUUUCAUCGAUCUGUAUCUGAAACGAUCUGUGACUCGUCCGUGUUUUCUCUUCACAUUCCGCCGCGACAACGGCCGGUUCUUCCACUCAAUCUCUCAGGAGGCAGCACCGUCUUGUUCUAGUACAUCAAGCUUUCCUCUGAGUCUUGAUACGCCGCCCUUGUUACUAGGUUACAACGUUUGUACACCGGUACGCGGCUUGAUAUGCUCGCAAGAUUUGGAUAAGUUGGUGAUUUCGAAUCCUAGCACUGGCCAAUUCUUGGUUUUACCCAAUCUCGAAACCAAGAGAAGACGAGUAUCAUUCUUCGGAUACGAUCCCAUUGAAGAUGAAUACAAAGUCUUGUGCAUGACGGUAUUGCAACUUUCUUACAAUUCUGGACCCGUUGUGAGCGAAGAACAUCAAGUUUUCACUCUAGGAGGAGCUCAGAAGAAGAAAGCAGCAACAUGGAGAACGAUCGCAUGUAAGCUUCCACAUUUUCCUGCAACCAAAGGGCUGUGCUUUAACGGUGUUGUUUAUUACGGAGCUUGGUCCAACAGUGAUAGAAAAGGAUCUCUAAUUGUGGCCUUUAAUGUGAGAUUGGAGGACUUUACUCUUGUUAAAUUACCCAUUGGUGUCGAAAUAUAUAUGAGUCGUGAUUCUGAAUUGGUGAACUACCAGAGGAAGGUAGCUUUAGCGAAUCACUCAUAUAAGGGUAAAUUUGAAUUGUGGGUUUUGGAAGAUGUGGACAACCAAGAAUGGUCAAAGAUCUCAGUUGUGGUUCCUUCUUGGAAUGAUUUAGUUGGGCGAAGCUUGUUCUAUUGCAGAGGUGCCAUUAGUUCCGGCGAAUUGAUAUUCACACCAUCGUUUUCGGAUGGCUCGUUCUUUAUUAUUAUCAGUUAUGAUAGCAAGGAGGAAAUUGUCAGAAGAGUUGGGAUUGAAGGAAUUGGAGAUGGCUCGAAUUAUGUGAGAAGCUUCUUGGAUUAUGUAGAGUGUCCUAUAUUUCUCUAA